ACUACGCACAGGUGAUUGCUCUUAAUCCUAAAGACAAGACUUGUGACAGUCUUCAGCUCAUUUUUGACAGCCUAAAAGGAAGAAAUAACUAGAAGUAUUAUUGAUUUUUUUCAUAUUUACAUGGGUUUUGGAUAUCGGUUUUUACCCAUCUUUUUUAGAUAGGUUUGAUAGCCAAGAUACUCAGUUCUUUCCCUACUAAAAAACGCAUGUUUGCCCCUCUGAUAUUGCAGUUUGCUAAACUGAUAUUGCAGUUUAUUAGUUUAUGCCAAUCUUUUGAAAGUUGUUUAUAGAGACGGUAGAUAAAACCAUUGAAAUUCAGACACUGGAUAUACUCACUUCUUACCUUUCUUAAAAUUGCAUGUUUUUUUCAAAUAUUCUCAUUCGCUCAUUAAGUUUUUUUCUGUUUUUGCCAACUUUUUUUUUUUAUAUUUGAGAGAAAUGUAGAUAUGACUAUUAACAUUUAGAACCUGGAUAUAGUUUAUUCAAUCUCGUUUUGAUUUUGAUGUUAUUUUGAUGUUUUUAAGCCAUUUUGGACAUUUUAAGAGAUGCCUGCAUUUCAUAGACAAAUCUUACAGUUUUAGAAAUUUCCUGCAUUUUUGGUCAGCCAUCUUAAUAUACUUAUCCAUUGAAAUGUAGACGUAGCAUAAGCUUUAAGUCAAAUCUUAUCUUUAAAAUGGCGAGAGCAGAGGAAGAUCCAAACCUUGGCUCGGGCCCAGGUGAAGACGAGGAGUUGUCCCUAAAAGGUGACUCGGAUUCGGACAGUAUCCUCUCGGACGACUCGGUGCUUCCCGAUCGGCCCCUAUCCCAGAGGGCGACUGGGGGUCCUGUGUCGCGUCUGUACCAGGCCUGUGCCAGGAAUGAGCCCAUGUCCCUGAGGAGGGUCCUGGAGAGAGGGGUAACCCAGGAGGAGGUGAUGGAGGUCGACGUCAACGGAUGGAGCAGUUUGAUGGUGGCGUGCUAUAAAGGCUACAUAGACAUUGUACAUGGACUUCAUGGCUGCCCCUUUUUAAAUGUGAACCUCCAGGAUAAAGAAGGAAACACAGCUCUUAUGAUCGCAUCUCAGGCAGGUCAUACGAACACUGUGAUGUACCUCCUGAACUACUUCCCAGGAUUGGACAUUGAGAUUAAAGACAUCCGCGGGUUCACGGCGCUCAUCAAAGCUACGAUCACUGGGAGAGACGAUAUCGUAGCAGCACUGGUCAUGGCCGGUGCAGAUUUUCACGCCACAGACUCAAAUAAAGGAAAAUGUGCUCAGGAGUGGGCCCUCAAAACAGGCCGCUACGAGACACUGCACCGGUUCAGGCGCCUCACCCUGCGACCAAAAGCUGAACAGUUCUGUCCCAGCUUCAUCCCGGAAUGGCCUGAUUUAAAGGAGAAAGUAGCUAAAGCGAUGGCUGAGAAGAGUGCAACACAAAAACUCACCCAAAGUUUUAAAAAUACAUUUGGAUUUCGAUUCCCUCGUGACCCAGAAGACAAUGGAGUAAUGGACCAUAUGGUUAGGAUCACAACAAGUAUUCACAGUCCACUGGUUACAACUGGAUGUCGACCCCUUUGCCCAACUAGUCCUCCUGAAAUUGGGAAAAAGCGACAUGCUGUGUCAGAUCUGGUGAAAAAAUAUCCAGAAAAAGACUUAGAAAUUGCAACUGUAUGCCACUCAAAUGGUUCAAUAUCACACAUGGUACCUUCAAUUCAAUCUGCAGAGUCUAUCAGUACUAAAUGUUGUGCAAAUGGAGAUAGGAGAGGUAGUAUGCUGUCUAUGGCCUCUGAUAAAGUCACAUCUACUUUUAUUCCUCGCAGUAUGGCUAGGAGAAAUAGCGUGUUUCCAUCAGGUUGUAUUCCGAAUAUUAGCGUGAGCAGACCUGCGGAUAACACACCUAAAAAGAAGAAAAAGAAGAAAAAAGAUAAGAGUUAUCUGGAGCCGCCAAAGUGGAAGUAUAAAGAGGAAAGAGAGGAGAAGAAAAAGGAGGAGAAAAAGAAGAGAGGGGAGGACAACAAGCACAAAAAGGAGAAAUCCAAACAAAAAGAGAGUAAAAAGGCCAAGAAAUAA